GCUGUCCUGGCAGCGAUGGCGGACGAUGGGAGGAUGAGGACUGAGGGGAGCGGGCGCGGCGGGGUGGCGGUGGGCGGCUCGGCGCUGCUGCAGGCGGCGCUGCUGGCUCUGGCGCUGCUGGGCGCCUACCGGCUGUACACCCGGUGGGCGGCGAGGGCCGGCCGAGGGGCGGCGGGCCGGCAGAGCCCCUCGGCCGCGCUGCCGCGGAUGAAGAGGCGCGAUUUCACCCUGGAGCAGCUGCGCGAGUUCGACGGAGUCCGCAACCCGCGCAUCCUCCUCGCUGUCAACGGGAAAGUCUUCGACGUGACCAAAGGCAGCAAGUUCUACGGGCCCGAGGGUCCAUACGGAAUAUUUGCUGGCAGAGAUGCCUCCAGGGGACUAGCAACUUUCUGUCUAGAUAAAGAUGCACUCAGAGAUGAAUACGAUGACCUAUCGGACUUAAAUGCUGUACAGAUGGAAAGUGUAAGAGAGUGGGAAAUGCAAUUUAAAGAGAAAUACGACUACGUAGGUAGACUCCUAAAACCAGGGGAAGAACCAUCAGAAUACACAGAUGAGGAAGAUACCAAGGAUCACACUAAACAGGAAUGAACUUUGUAAACAACCAAAGUCAGGGGCCUUCGGAACUGCAACCUCUUAUUCCCCAUCACAGAAUGUCCUGCAUCUUUGGGUACAGUUCAUCUGCUGCGAAAAACAUUCAACAGGUUUUGUACAAGGAAAAUAAUACACUCACAAAUGAAGAUUUGACUACUAGACAUUAUUUGUUCUGCCAAACUUUUUGCUGCAGUUUAUUUGUAAUGUCUGGUUAGGUUUUCGUUAGUGAAGAGGGGCCAGGGAUUUAAAGGCAAAAACGCUAUUCCUUUUUAUCGUAAGUUGAAGCCUUCAAAUAGUUUGUAUUGCAAGUUCUCUCAAAGACGUUAGUCUUCAAUUUCAGUGCAAGGUUUGAAUCUUGUUUGUUGUCUUUCUUCUCCUUCAGCAUUAAAGACAGAUGUACUCAUGCACAUCAGUCUCAGUACGUUAGACUACCGAAACUGGUGUUAAAAUGUGAAUUUCCAGUUUUGCUUUGUAUACGGGCAUUGGUAGCCCUAGCAGAAUACUUCAGUUCUCUAAGAGAAGUCCGUGUAGAAUAGGAUGGGGGUAAAAUUCAUCCUUUCCUCAAAAGGAUUGGGUAGAAUUGUUUCCUCUGCAACGACUAUUAUCUGAAGCCUGCCUCUCCCCCCUUUUCCCAUCCUCUAAUUCAAAUAAAAUAUUAAUUGUGCCUUAUUUCGCUUACAUAGACUUGAAUUGUUUUAAGGGACAGCCCCAAAAAUGCGGUUUCAUAGUCACUACAAGCAGCAUUGAGACUGAAGUUAGAAUGUUCUGUCAACUGGAAAACCUUGAUGUCAUUCUGUGUAUAGAAUGUAAAAGAGGAAUACUCAGUGUUACUGCCAUAUGUUAAUACUACAUAUACUUAAAUUAGCAUUGUGAUGGCCAAACGCAUACUCCCAUGCUUCUUUUUAAGUAAUUACAAACACACAAAAGAAGUCACCCUUCCUCCUCUUCCAGAAGCUGCCUAACUUUUGGGAGCGUAGCCUUCACAGCCCUGUAGAGCGAAGGGGAGUGCGCGCGUGUGUAUGUGUGCGUGUCUGUCUGAAUGCAAGACUCGGGAGGGAUUGUUUCUGCAGAUAUUGUAAAUACGAGUACCAUUUUAAUAAAGCAUGUACAAUACCAACGGUGCUGUCGGACUUUGUGUAGAAGGCCUUAGGCAGAGCUGGAGUACAGGAGAAUACAAAGAAAGGGGAAGAAGUCUGGGAUAUGAAACAUCUGCCGUUAUCAAUACCGUCCCUCGCUCUCAUGGUGCUAUUUUUCCUUCCAAGACCCAAGAUUUUGAAGAAUCUUAAAGACUUAUUCAGGUAAGCGGUAUUUAAAGAGAAUAAACCUAUUCCAGUACAUCUGGUGGGGAAGAAGUGAUUGCAGAUGAAAAAGCAGCGUUCUAGGAGAUUGUAUAAUGUUCAGUAAAAGGAGCCUGUCUUGUGGCACUAACAGGACAGGAACAUGGGACAUCCGGACACAGCUAUCAGCAGUGUCAAAAUGUCACCGUCUGCUUUGCUGAAUGUAGAACGGUGACGCUUAAGCUCAUGACUUGCAGCUUUCUGCCUCUCACCUGUACCUCUCUCCGCAGAUGUCACCCGCGCUAAGGCUGCAGUAACAGAUUCCGGUGUGUACGUUCUGUUAACUGCCAAAUCCCAGGAACUCUUAAAUCACACUAACAAAAAUCCUCCAUUGAAUCACCUGUAACUCGUGUCCUGGAAGGCAGGUUGCAUUCUCCUUGCAGAUCCAGCCUUGGCAUAGCGUAAUUUUAUCCCAGCUGAAGUAACAGAACUGGAGCCAUUUCUCCCUGGCAGUGAGAUUACACUUGCGGAUUCCUGUACAAGCUGAAUUUCCAGGUGGGCGCGUGGCCGCUGACUAUAAUUUAGCAAAGCACUGGUUUCUGCUCAGGCCACGUUCUUACAAGUUGAGCACUGGUGCGGUGUCCAGACUUGGGUUUGCACAUCAGGACUAGAAUAAGUGUCUGCUAAUCAAAUGCUGGAGAAACGCAGAGCAGAUGAAUGUAAGUAAAUACAUGGUUUACAUGGAACAAUGGAAGCUACCAAGGGACAAAAAAGCCUUUGUGCAUAGCACAGGCGGUAGCAGUACUUGAGUUCUUUACCUGGAUGUUUCACAAGGGAGUUUUGGACCACGAAGUGAACACUUCUUUUUCCAGGCUUCCACGUAAAAAUACAUGUCCUGACUGUUACAGCUUGUGCUGUACAAAGUCCUGGCUUAGAAGGUUGUAACCCUUGCUGUGAGUUACUCUGCUCUUCACUCGUUAUGACUAUUGGUAUUACUCUGGUGUAGCUGUGAUGAUGGCCAUUUAUCAUGCUUGUAUCUGUUUUAUGGAGAAACCUCCUACUGAGGAAAGAACGAUAGUUCGCAGGUGCCGUGACUACCUAACCCGAUUUUCCUGCCUUUUGCUGCAGUGACGCUUAAUCACUUCUAGGAACUUUUAAAUUGUUUUAAAUUCUUUUUUAAAUUGUUUUAAAAGGACACUGUUUAAAAGAAGUUAGGAUUGAGUGAAAGGCACGAUGGGGAAGGGAUGGCUUUCGCUUUGAAGCAACUUAAUGGUAACGGUGAAGAAUACAGAACUGUCACCCUAUGGCAGCAGUGUGCAUCCUGUAUUUUGAUGUCUAGUGGAGCUAAAUAAGCCUCAUUCCUCCUGCAUACAAAGUCACGCACGAUUUAAAGAUGAUACGCUAAAAAAAAUGCUUUAAAGCAUGCUGUAGCUUUCAUUUCAUGUAAAAAGUUGACACGUGCAAAGAAUAGUUUAGAAUAACAUCAGAUCCAUCAAAACUCAGUGCAAUUAAUGCCAUUGUUUUAUGGGGGCACUCAUGACAUCUGUGUCAAUUGCUUGGUCAAGAUCCACUACUGACUAAAAAAAGAGAGGCAACCUAUGCCACUGCCUCACCACCCUCAGCAUGAAGAAUUUCUUCCUAAUGUCUGGUCUAAAUCUUCCCCUUCCAAUUUAAAGCCAUUUACAGAGCUGUGUAGCUUUUCCUGAAGCACAAGUCCCCGUCUAGUUCAGCACCCAUGUCCUGCAGUUCAUUUAUUAAGCUCAGAGUGUCUGUGAUGCAGUCUUGUGGCCUUCACGUCCUUCUUGCAGUCUUAGUUGUCUCCCACUUUAAUAUUGCAGAGCAAAGGGUAAGCUGCAGGGAAAAUCCCUGCCAUCAAUGUCCUCUGACUGUUCUUUCAGGCAUGAAUGGAAUGAUGCCGUUGCAGCUGUAGCUUGGGCUGUUGCCUCCUUUUCCUACUUAACAUGAGGAAUAACUCUGGCCUUGAAGGCUUUACUGAAAUAGGGUAAUUAGGUAAAUAAUUAAGUAUGAAUGUCACUGGCAAAUCCUUCCACUGGCUUCUAACUCAUCUCUAACUCAUCUAGAGAUGAAUGUGUUUCAUGGAAGUCUAGUCUGGCACUGCAGCUAUCCUGCAAAA